AGCAGUGCAUUCUUUUUUAUUAUAAAAAUGAGCUUUGAAUUUAGUUUAUUAAAAUGGACCAACGUGUAUAAAUCUCAAGUUAAUACGAUGUGAAACUAUGAAUACGUGUUAUAGUGUUGGAAAACAGAAGUUGGCGGUAUCUUCUAACGAUAGGAAUGAAAACUAUUCUUGACAAACAUGGGCAUCUUGCCGUUGGGGGUGAAACUUUUAUAAAUAAGUUAAAUUGAAACAAAAAACAAACGAUGAGGAAGCUCGUACUAGUAUUAGGAUACGUAUGUUUGGUGUACGCCGGUCAAACCAAAAAACAGACUUACGACCAACAAGCGGACAGUUACGAGUACGGAUAUGCCCGUCAGGAACCAGCGUUAGGACUUGCUGACUCUCUAUCCUACCUGGACCCGGCUCCAGCCUUAGCCGCAGCUCCGGUUGGUCAUGGUCGUGGCCACGCGCCUCGACCAGGCUUCAGCGUCGGUGGGCCUUUAGCUAACAUCGCCAAAGGUGCAGCGGAUCAAGCUCAUACGCAACUCAGCAACCAACAGUCAGCGGCUGGACAGGCCGCGUACGUAGCAAAGAACACGUUGGCUCAAGCCGCUGCACAGUCGGCCGCCACCGCGGCUGCGGCUUUAGCCGGCAAGCAAAUAGUCGUCCAAGGUUUGGAGCAACAAUCGAGGGACGCCCACGUGGCAGUGGACGGUGAGAAUCUGCAGUUACAACAAGCGGAACGCGCCGCGACCGCGGCGAGGACCACCGCCAAGCAGGCUAUGCAUCAAUUGCAAGUGAUCACAGCUGCCCUGAACGCGGCCCAAACGACGGUGGACCGUGCGUCGCAAGCUGCGGCUGAAUCCGCGGCCGAAUUGGCGGCGCAAACCACCAUGCUCGGCCAGGCUAAAGCAAGAGCGGAAUCAGUCGACGAGCAGCUCACUGCUGCUCGCGUCGAUUACGAGAGCACUCAAUCAGCGGCUGAGAAAGCUGCCACCGCCGCUGCAGCUGCCCAGAACAACGCUGCAGCUGCGGCCGCACACGUGGCCGACAAUGCCGGCGCUUCGGCACUUUUGAGUCACGCGCCGGUGGACGUUCAACCGACCGUCAAACUCCCGGAAAACAGUCCCCUUAGACAUCCUGCCGGUCUCGCUGUGCUCGGCCCUGGCCCAGGCCUGCUCCAAGGUCACGAUGCUCUGCUCCCAUCCGGCGCGGUUUACGAACCUGAUGCUCUUCGGGGGCCUGGACCCCUCCUGGAACCCGGUCAUCUUCUUGGCCCCGGCCCCGGCCCUGGUCUUCUUUCAUCCGGCGCUCUUCACGACGCUGGUGGUCUUCGUGCAGCUAACGUACACGCUUUGCAGCGCUCGGAAUUGCUCAGUCUACCGAACUCUUUGCCCGUCGAUAGUUACGAUGUCAAAGGCUACCGUUACUAGGUACCUUUAGAUUAGACUAGACUAGGUACCUUUCUUUACCUGUCGCAAAAAUAACGGAAUGUUGCUAUGUUCCAUACACAUAUCAGACUGUAAAAUAAAAAAAAGUUUAAACGUCUUUCGAUUCUUCCUUUUUGUCUGUCGCUCGAAACACGUGUCGUUAGAACGAAAAUUAUUUUCGU